CUUCAAAUUUCACGUGUUCACUAUGGGAAAAGAUUCCAAAAAGCAUAAAAAAGAACGAAGACGAGAGAGAUCGCCUUCAACGUCCGAUUCUGACGAAGAGCGGCUUCAGAAGCGGCUUGCCGAGCAAAGAUCGCUGAAAAAAGAUGAGAAACGCCGUCAAAAGGAAGAAAUGAAGAAAAACGAGUCGGCCGAGGAGAAACGAGCCCGUCGAAUGGAGAAAAAGAUGCGAAAAGACGCGAAACGAAAGGAUGCCGACGCAGAGGACACGCUGAUUCCGCCAGAGCUCAAUUAUACGAAUCUUAAUAAUCCAUUCAACGACACAAAGCUCACCCAGACGUUUGUCUGGGGCAAAAAGUUGGAAAGAGAGGGAAAAAGUGGUCUGACACAGGAUGAGAUCACUAAACAAACAAGCCAACGGAUCCGAAAAAACCUGCACGAAGCCGCCGAAUUCAAGCGUAUACGUGAUUCGCGAGCCGCCGCCAAGGAAGACAUGGAAAUGAUGAAACGUGACGCGGAUCUCCGUGCCGGACAAAUUUCCGACACAAAAGAGCGCGAAUUUCAAAUGGAUCAGAUCAAGGAGCGAACUCGGAUUCGUAUCGAUCAGGGCCGAGCCAAGGCGAUCGAUUUGCUGUCGAGAUAUGCGAGAUUUGCCGACGAGAAUCCACAUACGGCGAAAAUUCCCGAUUUUGAGCUCGAAAAUCCCAUGGAAUACCUUAAAGCUUCAUGCAAAUCAGUCGACGACUACGAGGAUCUCAUCGAGGACAUCAAAACGUACAGAGAAGUCGACGGAUGGGCCAAAAACGAGACUUGGUGGAUGGAUGUUACACGAAUCGCCGAAGACGAGAUUCAGAAGAAGGCCGCACAGAAUCGAGGUGAUGUGCAUGCGAGUGUGCAGACAGAAGUUCAGAAUAUGUUCAAGAACAAAUCAAUCGAUGAGCUGCUCAAACUGGAAGACCAAAUGGACGCAAAAAUCCGCGGAAACAGUGGAAACAAGGGUUACUGGCAGGAUUUGGACGAUCAGCUGAAGGUUUUUAUCGCGCGGAAGCGACUCCGCGAGCAUCACGGCCGUGUGCUCCGGCUCCAGUUGGCAAUAAUUAAGGAAGAGCAGAAAAAGGAGAUUCAGCAGCAGGAGUCGGAAGAGCUCCUCCCGGUGGCUGAAGUUCCACCACAAGUGAAAAUUCAGAAGGAAGAGGAAGAAGAGGAGGAGGAGGAUGAGGAUGAUGAGAAAAUAUCGAAGAAAGUUCGGAGAAAGAUCGAUGUGCAGACGCUUGAUGAUCCGGAGCUCGAUGAGCCGGAGAGGGAGAGAAAAUGGAGAGCACUGACGGGAGAUCAGUUGGAUGACGUCACUCGGGAGUUGUACAGAAUUGGAUGUUAUAGUCCUACCUACAUCAGCGCCGACGACACAAUGCCCGGAAUCGAGAUCCUGGAUGAGCAGGCCGACGUGGAUAAUCUAACAGAACGUCGUAACAGGAAUCGUGGAACACUUCCAUCAUCCUCCGCCGCUUCGUCAGGAGCUCCACAAGGAGCAUCAUCGAAAAUGAUGGCAAUAGCUCGUGAAGGGAUGGAAGCCGAUGAAUCGAUAUUCGGAGCCGAAGAGCAACUGGCGGCUCAGCGACACCUCUGGUCGGAUAAAUAUCGCCCACGCAAACCGACAUAUUUGAAUCGUGUCCAGACUGGAUUCGACUGGAAUAAAUACAAUCAGACGCAUUAUGAUCAGGAUAAUCCGCCGCCGAAGAUUGUACAGGGAUACAAGUUUAAUAUCUUCUACCCCGACCUCCUGGACAUGACAGUGGCGCCAAGAUUCGGCUUGACUUCGUGUGAAGACCCAGAUUUUGCGAUAAUUCGCUUCAAAGCAGGACCCCCAUAUGAGGAUAUUGCCUUUAAAGUUGUCAAUCGAGAAUGGGAAACUCUUCAUAAAAAUGGAUAUAAAUGUCAAUUCCAGAACGGUGUCUUCCAGUUGUGGUUCAUGUUUAAGAAAUAUCGCUAUCGUCGUUAAUUUUUUGUAUUUUUCUGUUUUUGUUUUUUUUUCACUGAAAAAGCCUAUUUUUACAGUUUUUUUUGUGGAAAAAAUCCGUUUUUUACAGGAAUUUUCAGUGAAAACUGUCUAUUUUAUUUCCAGUGAAAAUUAAUUUAUUUGUUGUUUCUUUUCCUAAAAUUCAAUCCCAUAAAUUUUGCGAUUUUCCUAUAAUUUUCCCGUUUUGAAAAAAUCAGUUAAAAUUGCUGAAAAUCAAUAUUUUUAUAGAAAAAAAAAAUUUUAGUA